GUGGCGGGCGCGGCUGCAGUCGGGGCCCGCUCGGCGCCGCUCGGGUUUCAACGUCACCGCAGGGGCAGGGCCCCGACUUAUGACGUCACGGCCGCCCCCGCCCCCCCACGCAUGGCGGCGGAGGAGGGGAAGUUGUUCGUGGGGGGCCUCAACUACGACACGGACGAGCAGGGCCUGGAGCAGCAUUUCAGCUCCUUCGGGCCCAUCUCGGAGGUGGUGGUGGUGAAGGACAGGGAGACCCAACGGUCCCGAGGCUUCGGCUUCGUCACCUUCGCCAACCCCGAGCACGCCAGCGACGCCAUGCAGGCCAUGAACGGGGAGUGCCUGGACGGGCGCCAGAUCCGCGUUGACCACGCCGGGAAAUCUCCCCGGGGGGCCCGGGGGGGCUACGGGGGCAACCGGGGCCGGGGCCGGGGCUACGGCCGAGGAGGAGGCGACCGUGGCUACGGGGGUCGCUACGACGGACGCAGCGGGGGCGGCUACGGGGGGGGGUCCCGGGACUACGGCGGCCGCACCCAGGGCGGUUUUGGCGAGCGCUUCCCCUCGGCCUCGUACAGAGACAACUACGACAACUGAGGUAGGGACGGGGGCACGGGGGGACCCCAAAAACCACAGGGGGACCCCAAAACUGACCGGGGGACCCCAAAAACCACAGGGGACCCAAAAACCACAGGGGGACCCCAAAACUGACCGGGGGGACCCCAAAAACCACAGGGGGACCCCAAAACUGACCGGGGGACCCCAAAACUGACCGGGGUCACCCCAAAACUGACCGGGGGACCCUAAAACUGAUCGGGGUCACCCAAAACUGACCGGGGUCACCCCAAAACUGACCGGGGGACCCUAAAACUGACCGGGGUCACCCCAAAAACGGCCGGGGGACCCCAAAAACUGAUCGGGGUCACCCCAAAACUGACCAGGGUCACCCCAAAACUGACCGGUGGACCCCCAAAUACUGAUCGGGGGGACCCCAAAAACUGAUCGGGGGGACCCCAAAAGGG